GGCUCCGCCCCCUCCGUGGCGCACGGCGGCCGGCCCGACUCUUCCCCGUCGCGGGCGCGACUGCCGGGGUUUGUCGCGAGCGGGGAGCCGUAGUGGGCGGGCUGCGCGCGCGCGCGCGCGUCGAGGACCCGGAAGCGGCGCGGGAGCGGCUGGAGGGAGCAGACGUUCCCCGUCAUGGUGGGCGAGAGGAGGAACGGAAACCUGCUCGUGCACCUGGGGCCCAAGCUGCAGGCCCACCCCGAGGAGCUGAUCCGGCAGCGCCGGGGCCACGAUGGCCACACCGAGUACCUGAUUCGCUGGAGCAUCCUCAGCUUGGAGGAGGCCCCAGGGAGCAGCACCAAUGCCUCUUCGGCGGAGAGCAAAGCGGAGAACAUCCUGAUGUGGAUGUCGGCAGAGGAGGUUUAUGCCAACUGCCCGACGCUGCUGGGCAAGAGGAAGCCCGAGGGGCAACGGGUGAAGGAAGAGAAGGCAUCCAGCACGUUCCCUCCGGACGUCACGCUGGACGAGGCCUCGCUGCUGGAGAUGAAGGCUGACGUCAGGAACCUGGUGCAGCGGGCUGGCCGGCAGAUGGCUGGGCCCACGGGCCCGGAGUCCUCCAUCCUCAACACCAUCCACGUGCUGAGCGCCUACGCCAGCAUUGGCUCGCUGACGGGCGUCUUCAAGGAGACCGGGGCCCUGGACCUGCUGAUGAAGAUGCUGUGUAAUGAGGAGAAGCAAAUCCGCCGCAGCGCCGGCAAGAUGCUGAGGGCCCUGGCUUCCCACGAUGCAGGGAGUCGGGCCUACGUUCUCCUGUCCCUGAGCCAGCAGGACGGCAUUGAGCAACACAUGGACUUCGACAGUCGCUACACCCUCCUGGAGCUGUUUGCGGAGACCACGUCCUCCGAAGAGCACUGCAUGUCCUUCGAGGGGAUCCACCUGCCCCAGAUCCCCGGGAAGCUGCUGUUCUCGCUGGUGAAGCGGUAUCUGUGCGUCACCUCUCUCGUGGACAAGCUCAACAGCAGCACGGAGCUGGGCGGGGAGCGGCAGGACUGCACCGUGCCCUGCGCCCACGUCGGGGAGAGGAGCCGCAUGCAGCGGGAGUUCGAGUUCAGCAUGGCCAUGGCCAAUCUCAUCUCCGAGCUGGUGCGGGUGAUGGGCUGGGACCGCAGCCAGAGGAUGGAGCUGCUGUCCCUGCAGGAGGGACAGCCACGGGUCGUCCGCUCCAUCUUCCAGCCCAAGGCUCCCGCCUGCGCCGCUGUCCAGGUGGCCUCCUGCCCACCCCAGAAAGAAGCCAGUGCCUUCAAGACGCGCUCUGCCUUCCCGAGCCGCAGCAGCUAUGUGGAGUACGUGCAGGGGAACUUGGUGCGGGGCAUGCGGGUGCGCAUGCUGGAGGACUACGAGCAAGUCAGCGCUGGGGAUGAGGGCGAGUUCCGCCAGAGCAACGAUGGCACGCCGCCCGUCCAGGUUUACUGGCAGGCACUGGGCCGCACCUACUGGGUACACUGGCACAUGGUGGAGAUUGUCAGUUCGUCUAGCCAGGCGGAGCGGGAGGCCCAGGGAAAGGUGUCCAGCCUGACGAAGAACCUGAAACUGACCACUGUGACCCAGACGUUUUACUGCAAGCCCCUUGGGGGGCUGUACUCCCUGCCCUACCUGAUGGACCGGCUGAGCGAGGACUCCGAGGCCCUGAGCCGGGCCGAGUGGUGGGAGCUGCUCUUCUUCGUGAAGAAGCUAGAACCGCAUGAGCAGCAGGAGAUCGCCCAGCUCAUCCGGCAGCACCAGGAGCUGUCGGAGCUGGACGAAGAAGCCCUGAUCCAGCUGUCGGUACCGGUGGAGCUGGCCCAGCAAGUGCUGCGGGUGCUGAGCAAGCAGUGCCAGGGCUGCACUCUGGGUGACCUGCACAGCUCCCAUGUCUACAGCAAGUACUUCCUCCGCCCAGGGGGGGCGCAGCCGGGCGGCCUGGGGCUGGACGCAGCCCCCUCGGAGUGCGCCGAAUCCGUGGUGUCCAAGAAACCAAAGAAAGACCCUCCUGCUGCCAGAGUGCCUGCCCCAGCCCCCCCGGAGAAAUCCGACUGCCAGCUCUUCACCGAGCUGCUGCGAGCGGAGGGGCUAGCCUGCCCGGAGAUGGCAGAGGAGAAAGCCAAGGGGAGAAGCUGGUGAAGAUGCUGGUGGAACUGCUCACCAACCAGGUGAAGGAGAAGCUGCUGGCGGUGCUGGCUCUGCGGCUGCUCUGUGUGCUGAUGGCC